AUGAGCAACGACGACGCAGUGGGGAGCCCCUUCAACAUAUCCUGCAGCAGCAAAGGCUCGGUACUCCGCUACAGCAACAGCAGCAGCAACAGCAGCAGCAGCAGCAACAGCAGCAGCAGCAGCAGCAGCAGCAGCAGCUACACAGAGGUUAUUCCCCGAGAAGGCACUGAGCUGAUGGAUUUGCUGCACCAGCUGCCGUACCCAAAGGAGCAGCACAUCUGCAGCAGCAGCAGCAGCAGCAGCAGCAACUGCUGCUGCAGAAUAGGAGAUUGCUGUCGUUGCAGCAGCAGCAGCAGCAGCAGCAACAGCAGCAACUGCUCUCAGCUUUGUAAUGCUUCUCUUGCUGCUGCUGCUCCUUACAGAGACCACAAGCAGCUGCUGCUGCAUCAUGAGCAGCUGCUGCAGCAGACUCGCCCCCUAAGUAUUCACACACCGCAGCAGCUGCAGCAGCAGCAGCAGCUGCAGAAGCAGCAGCAGCUGCAGCAGCAGCAGUUGCUGCAGCAGCACCAGCAGCAGCACCAAGUCGAGCAACAUUCCUUACUUCAUAGAAACACAGUUCCCCUUGACCCACCCACUGAAAUGCAACAGCAGCAGCAGCAGCAGCAGCAGCCGCAGCAGAACCAGCAACGGCAGCAGCAGCAGCAGCAGCAGCAGCAGCUAGCCUUGUUGCAGGAGCAGCACAUGCUAUCGUUGCUGUCGGAGGAGCAGCAGCAGCAGGGGACCACGAUAUCAACGAGUUGUAGGAACCUGUCUACAGCAACAGCAACAGCAACAGCAGCAGCAGCAGCAGCAGCUGCUGCUGCUGCAGGCAGCAGCAGGAUAAAAGGCAGCUGGCGAGUCCAGGAGGGCGCCGCUCUGUGGGGCGGUGACAGCUGGGAGCUGCGGGGCUCCCAAACGUGCUGCAGCAGCAGCAGGAUUGGCAUCUGCAGCAGCAGCAACGGCAGCAGCAGCAACAGCAGCAGCAGCAGCAGCAGCAGCAGCAAGAGCAGCAGCAGCACAUCACACCUAGACAGAGCUGUCUCCAGUUCAGCUCCUGCUGCUCUCGGGUACUACAACAGCUAUUCUUGCAGAGGGCCAGAGGCAGCAGAAUUUCAACUCGUUAGCAGCAGCAGCAGCAGCAGCAGCAACAGCAGCAGCAGCAGCAACAGCAACAGCAACAGCAGCAGCAGCAGAACUCAGAAAUGCCCCCUAUCCACCAGCGCUGCUGUUGGCCCUACAACCGUCGCAGCAGUCUCUGAUGAAGCAGCUGCUGCAUCAGCAGCAGCAGCAGCAACAGAAGCAGCAGCAGCAGCAGCAACAGCAGCGUCUGAUUCAGUCGGCAAUGCUCCCGGCACUGCUGCUGCUGCUCCUACUACUACUGCUGCUGCUGCUGCUGCUGCUGCUGCUGCACCACCCCCUAGUGUUCCUAGCUUCUGGAAAUGGCCAGGGGCGCUGCUGCUGCGUCCCCUUUUGCUGCCAGCAGACGAAGACAAAGCUGCAGCAGCAAAAGCAAACUCCGCAGGAUCCUCCGACCCAGAAACAGCAGCAGCAGCAGCAGCAGCAACAGCAACAGCAGUGACAGGUACAGCAGCAGCAGCAGCAGCAGCAACAGAAAGAACUGCUGCAGCUGAAGAUCCUGCACCGGGAGCUGCUGCAGAAGGUCUGAGCAGCAGCAGCAACUCACUGCAGCAGAGUGAAGCAUGGGAGAGCCCUAUACAAAUGCAGCAGCAGCAGCAGCAACAGCAACAGCAGCAACAGCAAGGCGAACAGCAGCAGCAACAGCAGCAACAGCAGCAGCAGCAAGGGGGGACAGUACAAAUGCAGCAGAAGAUAGAACUGCCUCAGAAUCAGCUAGAUGACGCAGCAGUGUUCUCUAACGCUCUCCACCAACCUGUGCAGCAGCAGCAGCAGCAGCAGCAGCAGCAGCUUGUGCUGCAGCAGCAGCAGCACCUCGCACCUGCCCAAGACGGGGUAGCUUUGCAGCAGCAGCAGCAGCAGCAGCGGCAGCAGCAGCAGCAGCAGCAGCAAGAGACUACCCAGGAGAACGAAUUUCAUAGAAAGCAAUCGCCUAGAGAAUGGAAAGAAGACGAACUGCUGCAGCUGCAGCUGCAGCAACAGCAGCAGAUCCAAGAGCAGCAGCAGGUAAUACAGCAGCAGCAGCAGCAGCAGCAGCAGCAGGUAUGGCAGGACAGUCAUGAGGUGGAGCAGCAGCAGCAGCAGCAGCAGCAGCAGCGGGACCAGCAGCAAAAGCAGCAAGUUGAGAUCUUCGUUUACGGGGACGAUCACAGCCAGUAUACCAAUCCAUGGCAGCAGCAGCAACAGCAGCAGCAGCAGCAGCAGCAAGAACAGCAGCAGCAGCAGCUGAUGAGAGCAGCAGAUGUUCACCUGCAGGGUAUCCUGCAUAACAGAAGAGAUACAAAUAUUGCUGGUGGCUUUGAUGGGGGAGAGGACAGCUUGGAGUCUGCAGCAGCAGCAGCAGCAGCAGCAGCAGCAUGUGGUGCAGCAGCAGGAGCAGCAAGCAGCAGCUGGCGCCCGCAGUACUCUCUCGUCCAGCUUCUGCUCUCGAGAGGCCCUGCAUCAGCAGCAGCAGCAGCAGCAGCAGGACGGAGAAGUGCUGCUGCUGCUGCUGCUGCUGCUUCUGCUGCUGGGGGACUGCGUUUCACAGUGGAGACACCGCGAGCAGCAACAGCCCCCAGCAGCCACGCAGUAUCUGGUGCUGGUGUUUCUGCUUCCUGUGGUGAUGCCCUGCAGCAGCAGCAGCAGCAGCAGCAGCAGCAGCAACAGAAGUUUCGCUGGCUUCAACCGGGUACUCUGCAGCAGCAGCAGCAGCAGCAGCAGCAGCAGCAGCAGCAGCGACGACGCAGCGAUGUGGGGUCCUUCCGGCGUCUCUCCUCUCUCUCUGGCCGGCGCAGCCAAAGGGAGCUGCUGCAGGCGAAGGGCUCUCUCAGGGGCAGUUCAGCUAAGCUAAGCAGCAACAACCCCCCAAAGAAAACUGCUGCUGCUGCUGCUGCUGCUGCUGCUGCUGCUGUGGGUGGUGCAGCAACUGCUGCAAAAGGAACACCAGCGACAUACAAGGCGUCCUUGUGGCAGCAGCGGCAGCUUAUACACCAACAGGAGCAGCAGCAGCAGCAACAGAAGUUUCGCUGGCUUCAACCGGGUACUCUGCAAGCAGCAGCAGCAGCAGCAGCAACAGAAGUUUCGCUGGCUUCAACCGGGUACUCGAUGUUUUUUUUUUAA